AUGUCAUAUUUCGAUACUUUUAAUAAGAACUUAGAUAUACCUAAUUGUUUAACACCUAACAAUUUUGAAGAUUCAAUUAGUUCCAAAGUGAAAUCAAUUUCCUCAAAUUUAAACUGUUUCUCAUCUUCAACAUCUACUCAACCACCAUUAUCUCCUCCUUUAUCACCAUAUCAAAGAAAUUUAACAUUAUAUAGUAAACUGCAACCUUCAAAUUAUAACAUACAAUCAGUUAAACAAUUACCAAGUUAUUUACCAUCAAAAUCAGAAUUUAAAAUAGAAAAUUAUAAAGAUUAUAAAUUGACCAUAAAUAUAAAACCAAUUACAAAAAGCUAUUAUCAUGAUCAAUUAUCAUUUUUAGAUAAAUAUUCAACAAUUGCAUCAAACGAAGAAAGAAAUAAAAAAAUAAAUAAUUUGCCAACUAGAUCAUACAAGAAAAGAAAUGUAUAUUAUUACGAUUCUCCAACUGAUGAUGAAACUAGAGUUAGAACAAGAAGAAUUCAUAAACAAGUAGAUUCAAAUACAGAUGACGAAAUAUCAUUACCAAUUUUAUCAUCACCAAAAAGAAGAAAAGUAAAUACUACACCAACAGUUAAUUCACAACAACAAUCAUUAAUAGAUGAUUCAAUUCCUGAUUAUUCACCAGAUUAUUCUACCUUGCCUUCAAAUAAUCCAAAAUGUUUAAAAAUUGAAUGGAAAGGUCAACCUAUGGAUUUAUCAAAUGAUCCAAAUAUUGAUAAAUUACAUCCUGCUGAAGUUUUAUUAGCUAGUAUUUUAAGAUUACCUGUUAUAAUAUAUUUAGACUCAAAAAAGAGAUUAUUUUUUGAAAAAGUUUCAAGGAUGAAAAUUGGUAAACAAUUUAGAAGAACAGAUGCUCAAAAAGCAUGUAGGAUAGAUGUCAAUAAAGCAAGUAGAUUAUUUGCAGCUUUUGAAAAAGUUGGAUGGUUAAAUGAUGAGUUAUUUGAAAAAUAUUUAUAA